GCCGCAGUGAGAACCGUCCAAUCCCCGCAGGGCCGCCCGGAGUGGGCGGGCCCCCGCGAUCUGGCCGGGCGCUCGGCUCCGAGUCCGCCAUUGCCGCCCUCCGGCUCCAGGCUUCAGGCGGACGCUCAGGGGCCCCUCGCCUCCGCCUGCUGGCGCGACGCUCCUGGGGAGCCGGCUUGGCUCCCAAGUGCCCGGAAAUGGGCCUGUUGACAUUCAGGGAUGUGGCCAUUGAUUUCUCUGAGGAGGAGUGGGAGUGCCUGGACCCUGCCCAGCAGAAUUUAUACAGAGACGUCAUGUUAGAGAACUACAGGAACCUGGUCUUCCUGGGUGAGGAUGGCGUCCCUUCAGAAUUCCUGAUCGAUUAUCAAUAUGUAUUUCCUUCCCUUGCAGACUGUCUUUUAAGAACUUCUCUGCAAGAAUGAGUUUCAGAUUUGUGCUCUCAAGAAGAAAAAUAGAAUAUUAGUUACAUUUAAUAAUCUCCCCCUUUCUUUAUUCAUUAAAAUUCCCUUAUUAGUGCUCUCUCUGAAUAUUUAUAAUAUUCAGAGAGAUGUGAAUGUGAUUUGCUGUCUGUGAAUACUUAUAAUGGAAUUUCUGUGAAAUUUUCUGUCAUGUAAUGAAUGUCAAGAUUCUCAGUGACUGCUCUUUUGGGACUACACUCACAGGUAUAAAUUGUACUCAUACAAAAGUGUAAAAUAAUGCAUCUGUGGUUAUGUACAAUUUUGUUGGUUAAAUUUUCUCUUUUUUUUUCCUUUAUAGAAUAGGUUUCCUAUUCUAGGUUGUGGAGUAGGUUUCCUCACAUAAAUUAAUACUGUUUUAUUUUGUGGUUAGGUGGCAAUUUCCAUUACUUCACAAAUUAGGACAGUGUAAGUUGAAAUUAAAAUAUGCAUGGCCCUUAUUUCUGUUGCCAAGAAAAUUACUUGUGCUUUUACUUGCUUGAAUAAAUAUUACACCUGUUUUUUUUAAUUACUUCUAUAGUUUAUCUAGAUUGGUUUUUCAUCCUGCCUAUGUACAUAGUAAUGGAAAUUUUCUAUACAUAAAUGUAAUGGGAAUGGAAUUCAGGUGUGCUCUAAUAAUGAGUACAUCCCCAGCCUCUUUUUAUUCAUAUUUGGAGAGAAGGUCUCACUGAGUUAUCAAGGAUGGCUUUGAAUUUACAAUCUUCCUGCCUCAGAAUUGCUCGUAGCAGGGAUUACACGUAUUCUCAUCAUUUAUAUAUUGAUGAGUUUGUUCUUAUUUACAGGAUAAAGUCCUUAGCAUCUUAAUGGGAACUUUUUAAAAUUUUGUAAUUUUGUUUAUUUUAUGUGUUGUUUGAAAUUUUAAUUUUGUUCAAACCACAAAACAAAUUUUGCUUCCUCCAACAUUUCGAGUUUACUGUUCAGUAGUGCUAAUUCAAUUGUCAUGCAUGUAUCUCUAGAAACUUUACAUCUCAAAAAGCAAAAAUCAAUUCCCACGCCUCAUUUCUGCCUCCCCCAUCAUAAACACCAUUCUGAUUUCUCCUCAGAAACUGAUUUUUUUCUUUGUUUUGUUUUGUUUUUUAGUUUAGGUAUUGUAUAGGUAUCCCAUAUUAGUACAGUUCUGCAGUAUUUGUGUUCUUGUUAGCUACUUAUUUCGGUUCACAUAAUGUACUUAGGAUUUCAUCCUUGUAGAUUUUCGAAAAUUUCUUAUGCUUUUGUCAUAAAAAAAUUAUAUUUUUUUUAUUCCAAAUUGCCCUUUGCACUCAUU